GGAUAGGAAUUCCGCAACGCUUCACUCACUACCACCAGUCCUCACCACCACCACGCCAACACCGUCAAAAUGGGUCGCGUUCGUACCAAGACCGUCAAGAAGUCCGCCAAGGUCAUCAUUGAGCGGUACUACCCCCGCCUGACCCUCGACUUCGAGACCAACAAGCGCAUCUGCGAUGAGAUUGCCAUCAUUGCUUCCAAGCGCCUGCGCAACAAGAUUGCCGGUUACACCACCCACUUGAUGAAGCGCAUUCAGCGUGGACCCGUCCGUGGUAUCUCCUUCAAGCUUCAGGAAGAGGAGCGUGAGCGCAAGGACCAGUUCGUCCCCGAGGUCUCUGCUCUCGACUUCUCCGAGGCUGGCCAGCUGGACGUCGACAACGAGACCAAGGACCUGCUCAAGCAUCUCGGCUUCGACUCCAUCCCCACCAACGUCAUCCCCGUCUCCCAGGCUCAGGCUCCCGAGCGUGGCCAGCGACGAUUCGGCGACCGCCCUCGCCGCGACUAAAAAGCUUUUUCUUU